AUGUUACGUCAUUCUGAUCUUGCAGUCUCAAGAGCCAUCUUCAAGCCCACGACAGAAGUCUAUCAGGACCUAUGCAAGCAGACAGGCAGAAAACCAAAGACUUUGGAGGUGGAGGUGAAUGGAAAGGGCAGCAAGGAGGUACGUGCGCAUUGGGUGGGGGAUGAGGGUGCGGAUGUGGUGGUGCUUUAUUUGCAUGGCGGCGGGUACACUCAACCAGCUUCCCCAGGUCACUUGAAAUAUCUCGAUGGUCUUGUGCAGGAUCUCAACGACAAUACAGAAGGUGCUGCUUCGAUCUCCUUCCUCGUAUUAGCCUACAGUCUCGCCCCCGAACAAGCGACCUAUCCAACUCAGCUCCGCGAAGCAGCUGCCGCACUGUCGCAUCUCGUCACCGUCUGCGGUCGCAGCCCAUCCAGCAUCGUGCUUGCGGGCGACUCUGCAGGCGGCGGUCUCGCACUAGCUCUCCUCUCACACAUUUUGCGUCCAAAGGCGGGUGUGCCCCAUGUGGGGCUACAGAUGCCGCUCAGAGGCGUUUUGCUUUUCAGUCCGUGGGUCAGUUUUUCGACGGAGUUCGCGAGCUACAUCAGGAACAAGGAGUCAGACACGCUCUCGGCGUAUAUUUUGAAGAAGUGGGCGGCUAUGUAUCUGGGUGAGAUGGAUGGAGGGGAUGAGAGGGAGGUAACUUGGGACGUGCGAAGCAACGAUGUCUACGCUGAAGCUUUCCUCGCUGAACCGUCGUGGUGGAGUGGGCUUGACUCUGUGGUCGAGAGCAUGCUCAUAUGGGUUGGUGGGCAAGAACUCCUGCACGAUCCUAUUACAGACUUUGUUACAAAAUUAAAGGAAGGCUGGAAAGCUCAGGGCGGGCUGGAAGACGACAUCGUGGUGAUCGAAGGCAGAGACGAAGCGCACAUCGGUCCGAUUUUGAAUGUUUCACUAGGCAAAAAGAGCAAGAGGAUGUCGCAGGUGGAUGUAGAGACGGAGAAACAUGCUGAGUUGCAACAGAGGGGUAUCAUGGCGACCACCACUGGAUCGAAUGGAGCCCUGGAGACCAUCUCCUAUCAAUACGACUCGGGAGACGUGACCUACAACGUGACAGUCUCCAAAGAGGUCUUCACACUCGUUGCACAGAACGUGAUGUGCGCCUACCCCAUCAGCGACAUCUACGCCCCCGCGAGCAGAUACCUCUUCUACGUCCUCGUCGCCCUGACCUUCUGUUCCAUCCGCAUCCGCUGGCUCUCUCACGUCUUCUUCGGUGCCGUCGUCGCAUACGCAGCCUGUGCAGCAAUCAAUGCCUUCAUCAUAAUUUCACACCCUCCAAAGCUGCAGGACCCCCAAAAUGUAACCAUCCCCUACAUCCCCUCAAACUCUAAUUGGACGACCGGCGACGACCAGGUGCAAGCUCUCGUCACCAACACGACUUAUGUGGAAAUCCAGCCAGAUGCCGUAGAACUCGACAUUGACCCCAUAACCGCCAUCGUGGUAACCGCCUGCUUGGUCGGUCUUCCUCUGCAAAUCUGGUCCCGUACUAUGCGCUCCUCAAUCAUAAUCCGCUACAUGAUACUCCUCUGGAACCUCAUUAUGCUGGCGGCAUCCAUCUGCGCUCUUCUCGCCUGGCCGACGACCAACCUCGCCUCUCCACAAUACCGGUUUUGCUUUGCCGGCGUGCUCGAUUCAGAUUCCCAGGCAAGCGACGGCUGGGACCCGAAGUAUUGGACGGGAAGCUGGAACGCCACGAUCAACGACAUCUUCGGGCAUCCGCAGACGACAUGGCAGGAAUUGAGUAACAACUGCUUCUAUCCGUGCUGGAACACGACGCAAAUUAUUCGCCAGCGGUCGAGUCUCAAAUCGGUUGUGUCGGAUCCACAUACGAACUUCGCGAAGCUGCACAAUCCAAAUAGAGCCGGGGAUGACGCUUUCGCACCGCUUAUAUAUGUCGCGGUUUGGGUGUUCGCCGCGGCACAGAUCUUUUUGUACCUUGUGAGCGCGCUGAGGCUGGGGAGUGACGAGUUGAGGAGCACGAUUCACGAGCCGCAUCACUUGUUUAGGAAAAAGAGGUUGGUGUGGAGACAGUUGGCUAGAGAUGCGAGGUACAGUUGGAUUACGUUAAGGGGGAUAUACCGAUUACCACUCCGAAUAAGCCGAAGGAUUAGAGAAAGAGAAGAGCGACCUCUACUGCGAGACCUAAUCCCAGUCCUUCGCCUGCUCAUCGACAUCAUCGCGCUCAUAAUUCUGGUCGCGGUAUUCCUCCUCUCCCCGUGCAUAGUAGUAGCUUUCAUCUGCUGGAUCGAAUGGUACAUCCGAAACGACGGCUCAGCCAACGAAUCGAUUAACCAGGUCGGGCAGUGGGCACCACUGGUGUCUGUAGGAGUCGUCUUUCUAGCCUCCGCAUUGUACCAUGUGUUGAAGGAGCCGCUGGCUUCCGAGCAUGAGAUACGCAAGGAGAUAGAGCAGAACGAGGCUAGUCUGCAGAAGCUCAGGCGGAAACUUGAGAAGAGCAGUGGAAUUGAAGAUGUCGAGCUAAUUAUCAUGUCUACCUCAAAUGCGCUGAUGAUCGAAAAGCUCCAGCCCAAGAACGUCACGCCCGAAAUGCUUGAGGAUGCGGCUGCCCUCUUCUCCUCUUCGUACGGUAUCUGGGGCCCUCUUGCGGCUGAGAAGAUAGGCAAAUACUGUAAGCCCGGUCAGCGUGUCAAGAUGUCAGUGGCGCGCCUGCGCGAGCAGUGCCUGGCGCCAGACACACGCAGUGUCUUCGUGCGCGCGCUGUCGAACGGUGAGCUUGCGGGCUAUGCAUUCGCAACCCGCUGGGAUUACCAGGGUCACCAGGUGUGCUGGGUCACGCAGCUAUGCGUGAGCCCUGCUUUUCGAAACCAGAAGCUGGCAACGAAGCUUCUAUUUGAGUUGCGAACUGGUGAGACGGAUCGCAGUUUUGGAAUUCUCUCUUCGCAUCCGCAUGCGAUUCUAGCCGCCCUCCGUGCCUUUGGUAGAGGUAUUGAGGAAGUUGAUAUGGAUAUGGCGCGGCUGUAUGCCCAGGGCAUUAUUGAUGCGUCGCCCGUUGAGUACGUGAAGGGUGCCAAGCUCACAGGCACACUCUUUGGCACUGGUAGUGGCAUGGAAAGUGGUACCUGCUGUGCAGAUACCUCAUUCUGGGUUGACCACACUGAACCGUUGGCUGCUCUGCAGCAGGUGAAGGGUAAGGGUGUGCAGUGGCCCUUUGGUGAGUUGCCUGAGGGGUGCGAGUACGUUGUAUUGGUAAAGGGCGCGGAUGUUGAUUGA